AUGACCACACGCGCGAGCUCUGUGAAGUCAGGCUGGGCGGUUUGCCAGAGUCGGGUCAAGGGAACCUUUUUUGCCGACCGACACACAAGAGAGGUGGAUCAACUGUUCAUCUGUUUAUUGGCGGUUGUGGAAUAG